UGUGUAACUCUAACCCUGUGGGUCAGUGCGGCCAAGAAUAAGAUACUGACCACAUAGAUUUAGAAAAUUAUGGCCUGACAUUCACUUAAAAAUAUUAUAAAUAAUAAUAAAAAGCACUCUCAGAGGAUCAUCUCACUCAAAGCUGCAACGCUGUUUGUUUACAACGGAACCUAAUACUUGUUCUAUGUCGUUUCUGGUAAGAAGGCUGUAAAGCUCUAUAAAAGUAUACGUCACUUACAAUAUACUUUCGCCAGAAAGGGUCUAAAUAAAACAACAGAUUCAAGACAAAAAUGUGCACAGAUAUUUUCCUGAAGCAAGUUGAUGUCUAACCGUCACUACUUCCAGUACUUAAAAAAGCUUUAUUAUAGUUUCUAUAAGAAUACAUGCACUCUUUUUUUUAAUAAAAGUUUUGACAUAAAGCAUUAGUUUUUCUGUUUAAAAAAGAAAAAAAAGAAAAUGGCUGGUCUAUAAAGUAACAUAAGCAAAUUAAUGAUUAAUGAUUAGCUGUGACUGGGGCUGACUCUGUUCUUCAGCAGCAGGAAAGUGUUGUCUUGCUGUGCUCAAGUGAUUUAGGUUUGCUGCAGUCCACUCUUAAAAUCAUGGAAGAACAGGUAUGUUGGCAUGGCUACACAUUUAUUCACUCUUGUAUUAAACUCAGGCAAAGAUGUUGUUCCAAAUAAAAUUAUUGGCGUCAAAAAAUGAAUAGAAAAUACACUCCCUCCUCUCUACCUGUUUAGAGUCACGGAAUCUUGAGUAAUAUUGGCAAAAAGAUACAAAACUAAAGCAUGUUUUGCAUAAUUUUUUCCAUAAAAAUGUGCAUAAAUAGCUUUAACUCUUAUAAUGAAAUAGACAUUUAAAAGCUUUAAAAAAUAGUUUCAUCUUAAAUAUUUAUGGAUAAUGAAAGUAUGACUAGAUUGCUUUAUGAGCCUGUUUUAAAGUGUUUUCAAUUCACACACAUGUGAGAAUUUUCCGCCGUGUGCCAAACGUGUUUCUGCACGUCCCCACCCAAUGAGUUUUAGGACCACUGUGAUGUUUAUUGCCUAUAAAAGGUUUCUUGUGUUUGCAAACUUUAAGACGAGGAUAAUAAAAAAAUAACCAUUUCAAAAAAGGAAAUAAAAGAUCUAGAGUGGAGAGACCGAAAGGGCGUUGACAGGAACAAAAAUGUUGAGAUUAUGAGAAGCCUAAUUAAAAGGAGGGAGGUUCUGAAUGCGUCCUUAGAGGAAUAUAAGAGAUACUGAAGAUAUUAGGCUACCCUUCAGACGCUCGUAUUCACACAGAGAGCAGAGAGGAGGAGAAAAGAGAGAAGCGAGGGGACGGAUGCUGCAGGUUUAUUCAAAAAAAGGCUAAGAUGAAGUACUUUUUUAGAGUUCCUCUGCAUCUUUUGCUUCUCCUUGCAUCCCAAACAUGCGACGGUGUAAUGAUCAAGUCCACUCCACCAGUCAAUGCUGAGGGUUUCAUUCGGGCAAGUCCUGACGAUACGGUGUCGCUAAUUUGUGAGAUUCCUGACAUCAAUCUGAAGGAAGAGGAGCUGAAGUGGCAGAGGAACGGCGCGGCAGUCAGCCUGAAUGACCAAAACAAGAAAACCGGCAGCGCUCUGUGCAUCACACCCGUCAUCCCUGAAGAUCAUGCAGCCACUUUCACCUGCUCUUUGGCAAAAAACUCAACAGAUUCAGCCUCAGUCACCCUGGAAGUCUUAUAUCCUCCACAGCUCUCUGGAUCCGAGAACAUUACCAUAGAAGAACAGGAAGACCUGGUCCUAGUGUGUGACAUGAAGGCCAAUCCACUGAUCACAUACGUGACGUGGACACUGAAUGAGAGCACGGUAGAUCUAAUAGCAGGUGGUUUCACUGUAACCAAUGAUGGCCGGACCAGCAGGCUGCAGGUCAACAACGUGGAGCAGAGUUUGCAUGAUGGAGUCUAUCAGUGCAAUGCCUCCUCCUCCGCGUUUCCAAACAAAACUAAGACCUUUUAUGUCAAUGUGACAGACAGGACCAUAAAGUUUCCGUUGGUGCCUUUGAUAGCCGGAGUCGUGGUCGUCUUUGUGACUUCAAUUCUCGCCGUAGUCUCACGGUGGAGGAAAAUAGUAAAGUGUUGCAAGAAAUAAAAGAUUUACCCCCCAUGAGGCAGGACGCGAUGACCUCACCACUCGAUUCUGUAUAGAAACCUGUAAUUAUCUGUUUAUGGAGCUUUAUUAUUUAAUUCAUUUUCUAUAUUUUACUUAUUUAAAGAAAUGAUUUUUGAGCUUGUAAAGUUGCAGCAUUGAAGCAUUAGCAUAAAUAUGAAAGUGACUGGAGCUAAAAGUUUCACUCAGAAUGUAUACAAACAAAAAACUCUCAGAAACAAAAAAAUAAUUUGACUUUAUUUCCAGGUGAUUUUAUCAUCUUGGUUAAACCGAGACUAAAAUAAUAUUUCAGUUGAUGCUAAAUGGUAACUUUCAAAGGUUUUUCUUGACAAUGUGAAGCACUCUCUUUUGUUUGAUUGAUUAAUUGGUUGGAUUAUUGAUUUAUAUUGACAAUGUGACAGAUGUAUGGAAACUCAGCUGAUCUUUUAUUGUAUAAAUGUACAUUUUAAGGCAUUUCAAUUGUUGUAAACAUACUUAGGAAAAAAUAAAAGUCACAAUAACACUC